AUGGUCCGCCCCUAUAUGCCAACCCCCAAAAUCAUCCACCUCAGCAUGGACUUCUUCCCACCCCCCACCGGCCGCAUCCACUGCCUCGAGGGCUUCCUCGCCCACAUCCCCGUGGGUAUCGACAUGCGCGGGCCCAAGUCCCCCCAGACACUACGCUGCUUCUUCAGCGAAACUACGUCCCACAGUAUGAUCACUGUCAAGGCCUCUCGUAAGCUUCCGAAAAGAUUCGUAUGGGAGGGCCGUAUCGUGGAGGUUGAUUCCGGGUUCGUCUAUAGGGGUGAACGGCUCUAUUUCUUCACCUCUGCGCUGGGAGAUGCGUUGGAGGAGGAUAGGGAUAAGAGGAAUCCCUGCACGCCGCAGCUGGUGGCUCAUGGGUUGAUGGAUGUCCACUUCAUGGUGGAAAAUGAGAAGGAGGUGGAGGAGAAGGCGCCGGGGGAGCAGAAGAGUUAUCACUAUUUUCACAUGCCGGAUGUAGUCUUAGUGACGGAGUUCUUUAGCCCUGGGUCGGAGCCUUCAAUUAUCACGCCGGCUGAGAAGAAAAGGAUGGACGAGAAGGAAAGGGAUGGCAAGAAAGAAAAGACGGAGGUAGUCGAGGGGGGAGAAAAAGAUGAGGGUAACGGAGAAAUAUUAGAGGGAAAGGAAGGGGAAAUAAACGGAAAUGGAGAAGAAAAGGGAAAGGGAAAAGAAACAAACGGUGAACCAGAGAAAAGAGAAGUAGAUCCAGACCGCGAGGGUUUCGAACUUUGCCUAGGACAGGAUUUCUUUCAAAUGUAUCCUCAUCUUAUGUUCAGCAUUGUAGCCACUCCAGCCCUCGAACAACGGAUUUCACCUAUUCAUUUUGGACAAUCUACAACACAGCUUACCUACGAAGGGGAGGCGUUAUCUAUCUGCGCGGUUGGAACCUGUGUCGGUAGAGAUGUGGGUGGUAAGCUCACUUUGGAGAAUGGCUUUGCGGUUCAUUUUGCUCCUCAAUCCGUAUAUAAUACUUACUACUGCCUACCUAAGUUGAGGCAACAAAGGAUGAAGGCACCAAAGGAAGUUGAUCCAAAGUUAACGUUGGUGGCUCCAACUCUGGUACGAGCCUGCCUUGCCAGUCUCAUUCUAGCAUUCGAGCUCGCCAUAUCUCUGCGUCGUUUGAAUUUAUCCCACAAGUUCAAUGGAGUGGUCAUUUAUCAUAAUACUGACUAUUUCGACGAGAAAAGAAGAAAAGAAAGGGCUUAUUAUCAAGCAAGAGGAAUUCCAUACCCCAAUAUGGACUUGAUAUAUAGAUUAAAUCAUCUUCGGGGCAUUGCUAAUGACAGGAAAAGAGGCAAUUUAGGCAGAGUGAGGUUGGUGAGGGGUGAUGAAAAGCAAUUGGAAGCUGCCAUGAGCCUUGCGACCUUGGGCACUUAUAUGGUGCCUUUUAAAGCCGGCCCGGGGUCGUUUGAAGAAUCAAGAAUGGCUGUAGGCACCGAGCAUCCCGUUAACAUCGGGGAAUGGGGAAUUGAUUCAGAUGACCCGGGCCUGGAUCCAGAAAAGUACUUUAUAUCAGUCGAAAGACCUAAAGAGAAUCUCCAGGAUGAUUCAUUGGAGGCGCCUGGGCCUACACUUGAAAGAAGUGAAGACGGAACCUUCAGCAUACCGGAAAGUAUGAUUGUGAAGAGGUCUCCGAUGUUCUUGAAUUUCGGUAACAGCACCACAUAUGUUGUUAGAGGAAAACCGAUUGCCUACACUGAGAGGCAGCUAUUUGUGAUAGACCGGGAUAUCGAUAUCGCUGCUAGUACACUAAGCGUACGUACAAAUGUCCUUUCAAGAUGA